AUGGCGCAAGUCUUCUUUGACCUCCUCUCCUCCUUGGGGAGCUGUUUGAACUGCUUUCCCGGCUCGCCCACGCUCAAAAUCAACAGUCGCAGCUUGAAGAUCUUGCGACUUCUCGGCGAGGGCGGCUUCUCCUACGUGUACCUCGUCCAGGAUACGUCGACGUCGGAGCUGUUCGCGCUGAAAAAGAUCCGGUGCCCGUUCGGCGCCGAGUCAGUCGCGCAAGCGAUGAAGGAGGUCGAGGCGUACAAGCUGUUUGCGCACAGCCCCGGCGUGAUCCACAGCGUCGACUACGCCAUCGCGAACGAGCGCGGAGGAGGCGGAGGCGACGACGGGCAGAGCAAGACGGUCUACGUCCUGCUCCCCUACUACCGCCGCGGCAACCUGCAGGACAUGAUCAAUGCCAACCUGGUGAACCACACCUCGUUCCCCGAGAAGCGGCUCAUGCUGCUGUUCCUUGGGGUGUGCAAGGCGCUGAGGGAUAUGCACCAGUAUCGGGGCCCUGGGGCGGGUGGGUCAGCCGGGGAGAGGAUGGAGAUGAGGGUGGACGGGGUGGACGAGAACGUCCGGCGGUCGAGGGCGGUGCGAGGCGCGGACGAGGAUGAUGAGCCGGAGCAGCAGAGGCCGUUGAUGACGGAGGACGAGAGGAUGCCGGCUGCCGCGGCAGGGUCGCUGAGGAGUUAUGCGCAUCGGGAUAUUAAGCCUGCGAAUAUCAUGAUCUCCGAUUCCGGCGCCGACCCGAUCCUCAUGGACCUCGGUUCCAUCGCCGUCUCGCCCCUGCCCAUCACCAGCCGCUCCCUGGCCAUCGCCACCCAGGACACGGCCGCGGAGCACAGCACCAUGCCAUACCGCGCCCCCGAGCUGUUUGAUGUCAAGACGGGCACCGUCAUUGACACCAAGGUGGAUAUCUGGUCGCUCGGGUGCACCUUGUACGCCUGCCUCGUCGGCAAGUCGCCGUUUGAGAUGCGCAGCGACGAGACGGGCGGGUCGUUGAGCAUCUGCGUGCUCUCUGGCGAUUGGCGGUUUCCGGACGAAGGGCCAGGCGCGAAGCAGAAGGCAAAGGCGCCCGCGGGGGCGGGCGAUACGCCCGUCAUCAGCGAGCCCAUUCGCGAGGUCGUCAGGAGGUGUCUGAAGGUUGAGCCGAGCGAGCGGCCGGAUAUUGACGAGUUGAUUGAGAUGGUUGAGCGGGUAGUGGAUGAAUUACCCGACGAUGGGUCCGCUUGA